AUUCUGGCCGCCUCGAGUUCGCUGACGACGAGAAGCAGACAAUGUCAGAGGAGAACGAGGUCUGGAGGGACAAGACCACCGGGAAGAAGGACCCCAAGCGCCUUCGACAGCCGCAGGCAGAUGAGGAGGCGGCUGAGACGCCCCCCAAGGUGCUGAAGACGACGCUUGGCCAGAAAGGCAUCGACAAGAUACACAUCGAGCCGAACAAGUCCGAUGACAACGGCGACGGUGGAGUUGGCAGUGGAGUAUCUGCGUGUGAAGCUUCUGAUGCUGGAGCUUCCGACGGCGGCCACAGCGCUGAUGAGGGAGCAACUGCCAUCGACAAGCCCAAGGCCAAGGGCGUAGGCAAGAAAGGUCACGGCAAGGGCGAGAAAGGCAAGGGCGGCAAAGGCAAAAAGGGCAAGAAUAAGGACAAGAGCAGGGGCGUCAACAAGGAUGAGGUGACGAAGUACUCGAUGCAGAAGCUGAACGCCGAGCAGCUGAUUUGCAAGAUCGACAACAACACUGGCGGCUGGGGCUCCAUGGAGAACUUCAAGGGCAAGCUGGAGAAAAAGUACAAGGCGACGGUGACGGCUGACUACGGGAAGGCAGACUUCGCGAACUACGCCGAGCAGGUUUUGGAGAUGAGCGACGGCAUCUCCCAGGUCGCCCCUGCGCGCGAGCAGCUUCUGAAGAUGUUCCAGCUCGGCGCGGACUCCGACAACGAGGGA